AUGGCCGAUCAGCAGACCAACAAGCCGCACAGAGCAGGCUCGUCUGAUACUUCCAAGAAGAAAAAGUUGCAUGCCAAUGGCUUUAAUGCCAAGGCAUUUGCUGUGGCCAAUCCUGGCAAGCUGGAACGUCAAGCUCGCCGCUCUCACGAUAAGAAUGAAAAGCGCUUCCACGCCCCAAUGGUGGAUCGCACACCCGAGGAGCCUCCGCCUGUUCUUGUUGCUGUUGUUGGACCCAAAGGCACCGGCAAGACCACGUUAAUCAAGAGUCUUGUCCGCCGCUUUACCAAACAUACCCUCACUGAGAUCAAUGGCCCAGUUACUGUGGUUUCGGGCAAACGCCGAAGACUCACGUUCUUUGAGUGUGGUACCGACCUGAAUUCUAUGAUUGAUAUUGCCAAGUGUGCAGAUCUUAUCCUCUUAAUGAUUGACGGUAAUUUCGGGUUCGAAAUGGAAACGAUGGAGUUUUUGAACAUCCUGUCGCCCCACGGUUUCCCGCGGAUUCUUGGUGUCACUACACAUUUGGACUUGUUCAAGAGCGUUAGCACUAUGCGUGCAUCGAAAAAGGCUUUGAAGCAUCGCUUCUGGACUGAAGUGUACAAAGGAGCCAAGCUAUUCUAUUUAUCUGGUGUUAUGAACGGCCGCUACCCGGACCGGGAGAUUCUCAAUUUGGCCCGGUUCAUUUCCGUCAUGAAGUUCAGACCGCUCAAAUGGCGCAAUGAGCAUCCUUAUCUGAUCGCUGAUCGAGUGGUCGAUAUAACCCAUCCUACUCUCAUUGAGGAAAACCCCAAGGUUGAUCGCACAGUUACCCUUUACGGGUACAUGCGUGGUUCCCCUAUGCAGGCCAACAAUGCCAAAGUGCACGUUCCUGGUGUUGGUGACCUCGUUGUGAAGGAAAUAGAGCGCCUCCCUGAUCCUUGCCCCACCCCGUAUGCUAUCAAACUGGAAGAGGCCAAAUCACAGGGCGAGAAUGCACCCAAAAAGAGACAUCGCAGGCUGGAUGAAAAGAUGAAGACUAUCUAUGCACCCAUGAGUGAUGUUGGCGGUGUCAUGAUUGACAAAGAUGCUGUCUAUAUCGAUGUCGGUACUUCGAGCUUUUCUACUGGCCAAGAAAAGGGCUUGGGCGAGACACUUGUAACUAGUUUGCAAAACUCUUCCAAGAUUCUUGGUAACGGUGAUGUUGGUAUCCAGCUUUUUAGCUCGUCGAAAGCUCUACGUGAUGUCAACGACGACGGGGAUGAGGAUGAGAAUGUCGAGGAACUUGACGAGAACCUUGACGAACUCGACGAUUUGGAUGCCGAUGAGUUGGAAGAGCUUGAUGAAUCUCAUCCUGAUUUCGGAAAUUCUGGUCGCAAGUCCUUGCGUCAAGGCAAGAAGGCUAGUGAUUCUCUUGACGAGAAAGAACAAGACGAAGAGUAUGCUUUUGCCAGCAGUGACGACGAGCUUGAACCCAGCGAUGAUGGAUCCAAUGCACUUCGCUGGAUGGACAACUACAAGCCGAAUAACUUCAAAAAGCGCUGGGAUAUCGGAAAGCUUCUUUACAUGGACAAUAUCUCACCGCUGGAUGUGAUCAAACGCUGGAGUGGUGAAGAAGACCAAGAAUCUGAGGAAGAGAACAUCGAGGAAGAAGACGACUUUUUCAAACCAAAAGAGGUUCUUCAGAGUGUUGAGUCGCAUAGUUAUCUCGAGUACUCGAACCUAAGCCAGUGGGAUGAUGCUUCUGUUGUAGCCACCAUCUCCGAUGUAUUCUACCGCGAAAUCCGUGCCGUUGAGAACGCAGAAAAUGCAGAAAACGAAGACGAGGAAGAAGUUUUCGGUGAAUUUGAAGAUCUCGAGGCCGACGAAAACAAUGGCAGCAGCGAAAAUGAGGCAGAAGAAGAGGGCCUCAAAGCGGUCAAAUCUGUCGAGGAGCAGCGCGAGGAAAAUGCCAAACGCAAAGAGCAGUUGCGCCUCCAAAUCGAGGAGGACGAAGACCGCGAGUUUGGUGCUGAGGAUCCCGAGGGAGAAGAAGGGGAUACCUGGUACGAUGCCCAGAAGGCCAAAAUCACUAAACAGCUCAACAUCAACAAUGCCGAAUAUGCUCAACUGGACGUCGCUACGCGGGACCGCAUCGAGGGUUUCCGGGCUGGCUCCUAUGUUCGCCUUGUGUUUUCUGGUAUUCCUUGUGAGUUUGUCGAAAACUUCGAUCCCAAGUUCCCUGUUUUGGUUGGCGGUUUGUUGGUUAAUGAGGACAGGUUCGGGUUCUCUCAAGUCCGUAUCAAGCGGCACAGAUGGCACAAACGCAUUCUCAAGACCAACGAUCCUCUUGUGAUCUCCUUGGGUUGGCGACGCUUCCAGACAUGUCCGAUCUACACUACAUCAGACUCGCGCACUCGUAACCGUAUGCUCAAGUACACUCCCGAACAUAUGCAUUGUGCUGCUACGUUUUAUGGUCCGCUUGUUUCACCAAACACAGGUUUCUGUGCGGUUCAAAGUGUCUCUGACCGGGACAUGACUGGGGGUUUCCGGAUCGCUGCCACCGGCACGGUUGUCGAAGUUGAUCAGGAGGUUGAAAUUGUCAAGAAGCUGAAGCUUGUUGGCCACCCUUACAAGAUUUUCAAAAACACUGCCUUUAUCAAGGAUAUGUUCAACUCUGCGAUGGAGGUUGCCCGCUUUGAAGGUGCGUCUAUCAAGACUGUAUCUGGUAUUCGUGGUCAAAUCAAGCGUGCUCUGGCUAAACCUGAAGGUAAUUUCCGUGCCACCUUUGAAGACAAGAUCCUCAUGUCUGAUAUCAUUAUCUUGCGGGGCUGGUUCCCUGUGCAAGCUCGCCGCUUCUACAACCCCGUCACGUCGUUGUUACUCAGUAACAAGGCAACAUGGAAGGGUAUGCGACUCACUGGUGAGGUGCGGGCCGAAAGAGGGCUUUCUGUUCCUCAACAACGGGAUUCCGCAUAUGGCAAGAUCGAAAGAGCCACGCGCCGGUUCAAUCCCUUGCAAGUGCCCAAGACGCUUCAGGCCCAGCUGCCCUUCAGUUCGCAGAUCCAUCGCAUGAAGCCUCAGCGGAAACAGACGUAUAUGCAGAAGCGGGCUGUUGUCGUUGAUGGCAAGGAGAAGCAGCUCCGCGAUCUCAUGGUCAAGGUUGCCACCCUGCGCAACGAGAAGGAUGCUAAGCGGAAUGCCAAGAAGGAAGAGUCGCGGGCCAAGGUUGCCGCCAAGCAAGCGAAGAUCGACGAAAAACGCGCAGAGAAGCGCAAAGAGGACCGGAAAGAGUAUUUUGCCCGGAACAACAAAAAGUCCAAGACGGCAUAA